GGACGCGAGGCUGGCAUGGCAGGCGGCCGUCGCUCACACAAAAAAUAAACAACUUUCCUCGAAACGGCGAUGGCGCUAAGUCAUCGCCUCAAUCCAAAACGUCGUAAACACACCGAUGCACGCGGGUGUGAGCGGACGGGCGCGGGUACGGAGGGGCCUAGCGCCGCUGAGCGACGGCCUGUCUACGGCGGCGAGCCGGCGACACCCUGUCUGCCGCGGACGGCGGCGUUGUCGCUCCGUGCACAUUCUUGUCCGCCCGCGCCCCUUCCUCACGUCCCACAACCUCAUGAACCGCCCGCGCGCACAAAUUGGCAACGUCGCAUGCAAACUUGUUUCGUAAACGGAUGUGGCUACGACCGAGGCAGGGCAUUGGUUCUGUCUCGCUUACUCUUUCAGAGUAAUAUAUGAAGAAACAAGAUAGCAACGGUGGCGCUACAUGCUAUCGGCUCCCACUUGCGGCAUUUUUUCACGCCGAGAAUGAGGCGAGAUUAAUGCCUAAAGCUUUGUUCACAAUGAUCAAACGAACAAUAUUUUUUUUAUAUUCGAAUAUAAUUUUCUUGUAUACAAAAUUUAGGUAUAGUAACUAUAUUAAUUUAUAAAAAAAUAUUAUUACUUUUCA